AUGGGUUUCAGUUCAAGGACAUACCGUGUUGUUCUUGGUGAACACGAUCUGAACUCCAACAGUGGAAGAGAGCAGAUCAUCAGCGUCAGCCAGAUCUACAUCCACUCCAACUGGAACUCAAACAGUGUUGCCAAUGGGUAUGACAUCGCCCUCCUAAAGCUUUCAUCCAAUGCAGUUCUGAACUCUUACGUCCAGCUUGCCUCUCUGCCUCCUUCCGAGGAGAUUCUGCCACACAACAACCCUUGCUACAUCACUGGAUGGGGACGCACCUCCACUGGUGGUAGCCUGUCUACUCAGCUAAAGCAAGCCUACCUUCCUCUGGUGGAGCACAAGACCUGCUCCAGCAGUAGCUGGUGGGGUAGUACUGUGAAGACCACUAUGGUGUGCGGUGGUGGCAGUAAUGAGUCUGGAUAUAAUGGGAGUUUAUCUAGAAAGGACACCUGCUUCUGCUCCUACGCUCAAAGCUGGGGCCCACUGUGGCCCACAGUGGAGAUGCAGGCCCGGGGGGAACCAGAUCCCCAGAACCAUCAGGGAUAA